UAAAUGAGGUUUGGCAGCAACGCCGGUUCCCUGUUGCAAGCAGGGAAGGUGAUGGUGUCCUCUCCAAUGCCUUCUCCGCUAGUUACAACACUCUACCCAGAAGUGCAUACCCGUGUGCACUAAGGAGUGGCUAUUAAAGUGAAUAAAUCAUCAUUAAAUAGAGUUUUCGAUUGUAGUAAUUUAUAGCGUCACGUUCGAAAUCUUGCAAAAAUAAGUUAUUGGAAGAAGAUAUUAUUCUUUGGAAAGGUAUGCAGGUGUUACAUAAGAAUUCCCAGAGGUUAAACAAGCAGGACAAAGCGUGCAGAAAGUAGACUCUAUGGAGUGAGAACGGCAACAUGAAAAUACGAUUGAAUUAACUUUGAGAAAACGAUCACGUACCUUUUCGGAUUCCAUUAUGUAAUUGAUGUUAAACUGCUAGAAUUAUCUCGACGUCUUAGUGGAGUAGGAAUAUCCCUUGAAUUCCUCGUUGAUUCCUUCAGACAAUCAUUUGUACAGAAAAGUAUUUUCUGUUGCCAGAUUAAAUAUCAUUCUGUGGCUAUUUACUGAUUUAAAUAAUUUUGAUAGUAAAACACUUGUUUGAAAAUACUUCCCAGCCUCUCAUUUACCCAACAGAAUGCUACAUUCCCUCCGCCAGCAGCGACAUGAUGGUGGCAGCGUUGUUGUAUUUUUGGUUCUUGGUGCCCCGUUUCCCUCUGGCAUCGACAUCUCUGUUGAAGAUUGAGGCGGACAGCUGGGAAGAAGGUGCGGCCUUGUCGGUGAAGGAGGUGCUUCAGGCGUCAUCGUUAAGUCAUGCCUCUCUCAUCGUCAUAACUGAAACCAGUUUCUCGGUGUGUCUUUGAAUAAACUUUUCUUUUUCAAUCACUUGGUCUGACUGUCAUUGAUUUUGUGACCGCCGUUCUUUGCGCGUUGGGUCAAUGAGAGACAAGAAACAAACUUUUCAGAGAGACGUCCAGAAGCUUCUCGGAGCCUCACUGGGCGUGGCAAUGUUUGAGACACCCUUGAAUGGGUCACAGCUCGUUCAGGUGGUCACACGCGCCCGUAAAGUAAGUUUUCGUUUGUGACAGGACGUUUUGAUUUUUUUUUCUUUUUGUUAUUGUCAGUAUUAAAGUGGUUCAUUCCUAUUUCUUGACCUGGGCCGUUUCCUAACGGGCAGGUGCGGGUGGCGUCGUGGAUGGUCGUGGUGGUGGUGGUGAGUGACGACCCAGUCUUUCUAGACGCCUUCGCCCAACAGGCCCGUGAGGGUCGCCUGCUGGUGUGGGCAACAAAACUCAUUGUGGUGACCCGUCGCGCGCCGCACCGCCUCCACCUGCUCUACCAGACUCUAUCCCUUACCAACUCCCUCCUGCUGCUGGUGGAUGGCACGGCAGGGGUGAGCAGGUGUGUGGGUGUGUCUGUGUGGAAGCUCUGCUAAAUUUGUUGUCAGCUUGAAUUGAACACAACUUUGCUGGUAUGUACUGGGAUGUUCAUAAGCACAACUAAAUAUGUCAGCGUUUCUUAAGGGCCUCCGUGAAGGCAGUGCUGCCUUUUCAAAGUCCCAGCCACGUAGCGCUGUGGAGAGCGUCCUGGACGGUAGGCCACGGUCUGCAAUUGAGUCAGCCGCUGUUCUGGGAUAAGUUUAACAAGUUUUCUAAGGAAACAUAUUUGAUAGUGGCAAUGGAAUCUAACGAAAGGAACACAGUAGUGAUGGUUCCAGACUCGACGGCCCCAGGUGGUGAAAGGCCAGUGUUUAAGGGCUACAUGAACACCGCCGUUGAGUAUCUGGCGCAAGGACUUAACUUCUCGUAAGCCGGCAUAAGAGCAUUAGACAGCUGGAAGAAACCAUAAUGGUAACACGUGGCUGUUCCUGUAUGAAACAUGCUUACCUGUUUUUAUCUAUCAUCUUCAUCCUCCUCAUCAUCUAUCCUCUAACUUCUACGUAUGUGACUGCUUCAUUUUUAUUUGUUAGAACCGAAUUAUUUCUUCUUGUGUCUUGCAAGAUUACCUGCUUUUAAAAGAUGCUUUGGACUAAAUUUAUAACGUCCUCUAUAUCACUAUUCCCCAUUAUCAGGUUUCAGUCGAUGUUCCUAAAAUUAGAAUCCCAACACACAUACUUGAUUACAUCUGCCUGCGCUAUUUGUCUCCUGCUUUAAAAGAAUAGAACUUUCUUUUGUAGUGUUUGGUGGUCUAUACGUUAAGCCUAAUAACAUUAUGUUCCUUUCUUGAUAUAAUCGCAUAUCGAGUGUUAUUUAUUAUUAUGCUACUGUUAACACAACAUUGGAUUGUACCACUUACUUUAAGUGCUACGCCGCCUCUUCUACUUUCUUCCCUGUUCUUAUAGAAUAAUGAGUAACCCUCUAUCUGAAUCACUGAAUGAAAUGUUUGUUUUUUUUUUUCUGAUAUUUUUUACCUAUUUGCUGUUACUUCAGUAUCACCAAAGUUUUUCUACUCUAUACAUGACAUUCUUUUCAGCAAGUCUUUUGUAUUUAAAAUACUCCUAUUGUUCACGUAAUAAUUUUUUUUUUUUUUUAUGUAGGAGGAACACUGGCCAAGGGCAACAAAAAAUCCAAUAAAAAAAAAAAAAAGCUCUCUGAGAUGGCAGUCCCAUAAAAGGGUCCAAAGCGGUAGUAAAAAAAUGAAGGAUGUGUGUCUUGAAACCUCCCUUUUGAAGGAAUUCAAGUCAUAGGAAGGUAGAAAUACAGAAGCAGGCAGGGAGUUCCAGAGUUUACCAAAGAAAGGGAUGAAUGAUUGAGAAAACUGGUUAACUCUUGGAAUAGAGAGGUGGAUAUAAUAGGGGUGAGAGAAAGAAGAAAGUCUUGUGCAGCGAGGCCACGGGAGGAGGGGAGGCCUGCAGUUAGCAAGAUUAGAAGAGCAGUUAGCAUGAAAAUAACGGUAGAAGACAUCUAAAGAUGCAACAUUGCGGCGAUAAGAGAGAGGCUGAAGACAGAGGAGAGAAGCUGAUCAGACGAAAAGCUUUUGAUUUCACAAAAAUGUAUGAUCUGUUUCUUGCCUUCGUGUUACUACAUUCAUCUCUUGAGUUAAGUAAUUUUUCUACCCUUUCUUUUUUAAGUCCCCUUCUCCUUUUCGACCAAAGAAAGAAAAAAAAAGAGUGAAGUUUGGAAGAAUGAAUACCCCAUGAGAGAUUUCUUUAAAGAUAUCAAGAAACUGAAAAAAAUGAAUACUUACAGUAAUCAACCAAUUAUGGUUCUUGAAGUAUUUUGGAAGAACGCUUAUAACAGUAUUUAUUGUUGGUCUGCAUCCAAACAGAUACACGUUUAGGCGGCCACCGGAUGGUGUGUGGGGAAUGAAGCUCAAGAAUGGCUCUGUGAUCGGCAUGGUGGGACAAGUCCACAGGGAGGAAGUGAAUAUGGCUCUGGGACCUUUCGCUAUCAACGCCGCCAGGUACGAAGCUGUUGAUUUUACUUGGCCGGUUGAGUACAUGUCUGUCAAGGUGUUCGCUGGCCGGAAGACUCCCGAAAUAGAUCCGUGGGGUUUUUUGCUGCCCCUCGGCCCCUGGGUGUGGGCGAUGGUACUCGCCUUCCUCCUUCUGCUUGCUCUCGUUUUCUUCCUUCUCUCAUCCAAGUUCUCCCCGCAUGACCCAACCUCGAAAAAUCUUCUCUCUUUCACCAGCAUUAUGCUUCGCCAGUCCGUGUCUUUGGGUGGCAGCGGGUGGUGGUGGCAGCGCGUGGUGCUGGGCGUGUGGAUGCUGAUGACCAUGGUGCUGACGCGCAGCUAUGAGGGCAACCUUAUGUCGCUGCUGGCCGUGAGACACGUGCCCCAACCCUACCAGACCCUCAGGGACGUGGUGGACGAUCCAUCUGUGGUCAUGGUCUGGUUUAAACAAGGUGCCACCAUGCAAGCGGUUAUGGAUUCCACCUCUGGAAUCUUGCACGAGGUGAAGGAGAGUGAGAAACAAGGGCGUCUUGCGUUCUUGCAUCCAGUGGAGUACGACAGCAUCCUGAACGAAAUUAUAGACCAGAAGAAAGUGAUAAUUGACUACGACACAAUAAUAACGGUCCUGAGAAUCAACCACUUCUCUCGUACAGGGCGGUGUGACUUCUACAUGGGAUCUGAGAGUAUAAUGGCUCACCCUUUUGCACUGAUCAGUCAGAAGGACAGUCCCCUCAUCCCAGCGAUCAACAUGCGGAUAAUGUCCAUGAUAGAAGCUGGACUUUACAACUAUUGGAGACUGGACGCUGCUCAGAACUCCAGUUCAUGUGAGCGAGAGCCAACCAAGAUCACCGUCAGCUCGUCCCUUUCACUCAGGCAGUGCUGGGCCAUGGUCGUGGUGCUAACGGUUGGCCUGAACGUCGGUCUGGUAAUGCUCUGCCUGGAAGUGGUACUCGCUGCAGUCUUGGCUCGCUGACUCCUGUAAAUCUAAGCCUCAGCCUGCAUGGACGACUCGUAUCGGAAAUGUCAGUGUUUCAUCUCCGAAGACAAACGUGUCUGUACGAGCGGUUGACCUUCCUGUGGCUGUGGUCUGCGGGCAUGUCAAUGCGAUCAAUCGCGCGGCGUUCUGGCAGAAGCCCACAGACUGUGCGGCGCUGGCUGGCCUGGUGGCAUCAAAAUGGACGCAUCUUAACGAUAAUUGGGGUUCGUCAGCAACGCCUGUUCCCUGUUGCAAGCAGGGAAGGUAAUGGUAUCCCCUCCAGUGCGAGGACAGACGCCAUCACCACCAGUUACAACACUCUAUCCAGAAGUGCAUACCCGUGUAUAGUAAGGAAUGCCUAUUGAAGUGAAUAAACCAUUCUUGAAUUGGGUUUUCGUUUAGAGUAAUUUGUUGCGUCACGUUUCAAAAUCUGACAUAAAAAAUUACUGGAAAAAUGUAUAUUUCUUUGCAAAGGUAUGCAGGUGGUAAAUAAGAAUUCCCAGAGGUUAGACAAGCAGAGAAAAAGUGCAGAAAGUAGACUGUAAGGAGUGCAAACGGCAACAAGAAAAUACAAUUGAAUUAGCUUUGAGAAAACAAUCAUGUACCUUUUCGAAUACCUUUAUGUAAUUCAUGUUAAACUAAUAUGUCACCUUGACGUUUUCUUAGUGGAGUAGGAAUAUAACUUGAAUCCCUCGUUAAUAGCGUCCUUCAGACAACCUUUUACAUAGAAAAGUAUUUUCUGUCAAGAGAUUAAAUAUUACUGAUUUAAUUCAUUUUGAUAAUAAAUUACUUGUCUGAAAAUGC